AUGCCACCAAUUCGCAAAAAAAAUAAGAAAGAUUUAGCUGAGCAAGAGGGACGAAUUUUAUUAGCUAUUUCUGAUUUACAAAAUGGACGAAUCUUGCGCGUGGCUCAAGCUGCAAGGAUUUAUAGUAUACCCCGGGCGACUCUACAAGACAGAUUAAAUGGCACUCAACAAAGAUCUCAAGUACGCGCCAACAGUCAUAAAUUAACUCAGUGUGAGGAGGAAUUGCUUGCCAAAUGGAUACUCGAUCUAGAUAAACGUGGAUUACCCCCUCGACACUCUCUUGUACGAGAGAUGGCUGAUUAUCUUCUUUCACAACGCGGAAACCAACAGCUUGGAGAAAAUUGGUGCGAAGAUCCGAAGAUAAUCCAAGAAUAUUUUGAUCGCGUACGAGAGGUUAUAUUAGAGUAUGGGAUCUUGCCGGAAGAUAUCUACAAUUUUGAUGAGACUGGCUUUGCUAUGGGACUCUGUGCGACCGCGAAGGUUAUCACUGGAAGUGAUCGAUAUGCUCGGCCAAAUCUAUUACAGCCUGGUAAUCGAGAAUGGGUAACUGCAAUUGAGGCAGUUAAUUCGAUUGGAUGGGCAUUGCUUUCGUACAUAAUUUUCAAGGCAAAGAAAUACACUCGAUUAGAAUGGCUUAAAAUCCAUUUUAUCCCUCUUACUAAUGGUCGUACGAUGGGAAAAUAUCGAAUGUUGAUUCUCGACGGCCAUGGAAGUCAUUUAACUCCUGACUUUGACCGUACAUGCGCUGAGAAUGAUAUCAUUCCAGUCUGUAUGCCUCCUCAUUCCUCACAUCUUUUACAGCCUCUUGAUGUUGGCUGUUUUGCUGUUUUAAAGCGACAUUACGGACGGCUUGUUGAGCAGCGAAUGAGGCUUGGAUUCAAUCACAUUGACAAAAUCGACUUUCUCACUGCAUUUCCAACAGCUCGUACAAUGGCAUACAAAGCUCAAACUGUUCGGAACAGCUUCGCAGCAACUGGAUUAGUACCAUUUAAUCCGGAUCGGGUUUAUUCAAAAGCUUACUAUUCGAUUGAAGAUCCGAACACCCUCUCCAAGUCGAUCAAACAAUACACAGUCAUCUUGCCUACAAACACCUCAAAAUAUACGUCAAUUUUCACAUAA